AUGGAUGUAGGGGCAUACACAUCAACAUUCACAAUCACAAACAAUUGUGCAUUCACCAUAUGGCCAGCCACUCUCACAGGGGGUGGCACCUCACAGUUACCUUCAACUGGCUUUGAGCUAACCCCAAAAGCCUCAUUCAAUCUUGAUGUGCCACCUCUAUGGUCUGGCAGAUUCUGGGCAAGGACUCAUUGCUCAACAGACUCACAUGGCAGAUUCACUUGUGCCACUGGUGACUGUGGAUCUCACCAAGUGCCAUGCAAUGGUGCAGGUGGCACCCCUCCAGUUUCUUUGGUGGAACUCAGUUUGGCUCCAAAUAAGGAAGGACUAGACUUCUAUGAUGUUAGCCUUGUUGAUGGCUUCAACCUGGCAGUGUCUGUGGCCCCAGAAGGGUGCAACACAACUAGCUGCCCUGCUGAUGUGAACAGAAUUUGUCCUCCAAAUUUUGCUGUCAAGGGGUCUGAUGGAAGUGUCAUUGCUUGCAAGAGUGCAUGUUUGGCAUUGGAGCAACCUGAGUAUUGUUGCACUGGACCCUUUGCUUCAGCUGAUAAGUGCUCACCAACCCCUUAUUCUAUUGUUUUCAAGAAUCAGUGCCCUCAGGCCUAUAGCUAUGCUUAUGAUGAUAGGUCUAGCACUUUCACUUGCUCUGGGGGAGCAAACUAUCACAUCACGUUUUGCCCCUGAAUCAAAAUGGUGGGGGGGAAAACAUCCAUAUUGUAAUAACUGAACAAGCAAAUUCAUUGUGUUGUGUGAUUGGAAUUCAUAUAUUUGUUUUAUCUGCAGGGAAAUGUUAUAAUUCUUUUAUGCUUUGUUUGGAUUUGAGGAUGGAAAAUGGGGAGUGGAAAAGGAGGGAUUUGAAGGGAAAGUGAGUGGAAAGUGAGGUUGUUUAGAUUAAGGAAAAGUGAAUGGAAAGUGUAGAGAAAGUUUGUGAAAGUUUGUGAGUGAAUUGAUUGAUGUGAUAGAUAAAAAUAAAAUUUUUAAUUGAUAAU